ACCCCAAGCAGGAGUGAACUCAAGCCUAAGAGAGGGAAAGGAGGAUACUUUGGUCAGAGGAAGGAAAGAGUGAGACAGGAAAAGAGAUAGAGAGAGAGAGAGAGAGAGAGGAGGGCAGAGUUUUCCAUCAGAGAUCCCUGUUUUUGACACUGACAUUGCUUGAGCACCAACAGCUAAUGACAUAUUCUAAGAAGAAUUGAAAUUUAAAAAAAAUCAGGACCACAAAAAGAACGAAGGACUUUCUCAACAAUUUCAAGGACAGAACUGAAGGAAUCUGCUUGCCAAGAGGAGGAUUAAAACCAACCACCUGGGAAAAUAUUGAGCAGAUUUUGUGGAGGAUACAAAGACCCAGAGUUCUUUAAGUUCAUCCUAAAAACUCCAUAGCUACACUCUUCUGAGCUCGGUCUCUCUGUGAUUCAGGAUGAGUUUGUCUCGUAACGGGACACUGGAGAGGACGGCGUCUCAGCAGUUCGGCUCUGACGCAGAUGACUCUGAGUCGGCUCGUCUGCAUCACACAAACUCCAUGUCAUCGCCGGUUGUUGACCCCGUGACCCCAGCGGCAGUGGUUCCUCCUCCAUACUCAUCCUCCAACGCUUCUGCUGAGCCACUUGAGCUCAGGGCCUCGCUGGACUGCUGGGCGUGUUCGGUUCUCGUCACGGUGCAGAACCUCAUCGUUGCCGCUGUGAAUGCAACGCUCGCCGCCAUUGUUUUCGGAAUCAUCCUUACUCCGGCACUCACCAUGGUCGUGUUUGGCUUCCUCUGUCAUUCUAAGGUCCAGCCCCAUGGUACCUCAGUUUACUGCUUGGACCUGCUCAACGACGCGUCCUGUGUGGCUCUGCUGGUCGUGGGGUUCUUGUUGUUGGUUCCUCUGCUGGUGUUGGCCCUGGCGGCGUACUGCAGAUUGGCACGUCACCUUCAGCUCGGCCUCUGCUUCAUCCCUUACAGCCGUGCUGUCUAUAAAAACCUUCCUGUGUCUCAGCAUCCAGGGCUGCGGGGCUGCUGUGGCCAGCAGGGGGCAUCAGAAGGAGACGCCAAAGCCAGCGUGUGGGUGUGAGGACGUACAGGGAGCUCUGGAGGGCCUUGUGCUGAAACUGUGAUGAAGAGUUAAUAAUCCAGUCAUCUACAUUUUUUUUUUAUCCAUUUGUAAAGUAAUUAGGCACAUUUUAAAUCAAGACAGAUGAAUCCACUAAUCUUUGAACUUUUUAAAACAAAAUUGCAUGGUUUUUUUCUUGAUUUUAUUUUUGCAUUUUAAUUCAGAGGACCGAACAUUGCAUGGAAUGGCAUUGCAUGAUUUUGAUAUGUUUACUGUACUUUCAUGCCCUAUGUUUAUUUUUUUCAAACAGUGAUCAAUUUUAAUAAACUUAAAGUCAGAAAUUCUCA